AUGGCAACUAAAACUCUGGAAUCCCGCUUCGAGCACCUCAGCGUCAACGACGAAAAUGAAGCACCACCAGCCACCACUCUCAAAUCAAAGAGCGGCGGUCCAGGAGGAUUACCAACCGUGUCCUCAACUCAGUCCCGGACAAAUCUUGUCAAGUAUCCUCUCCAAGUCACCACAGAAUCCAAGCAGAACACAGCAUCAAUCGCAACGAUAACAACCACAACCACUGUGCCCACCCACCCGCCUUCGCCCGUGCGGGUAGCGCUCCAAGCACCCCGCGAGUCUGACGAGAGCGAUGAUUCCCAGCGAAGUAGAUCCACUCCAAAAUACUUCUUCGACCACCCACAAGCACCCAAACAAUUCCACCUCGGUAUGUUUGAGAUUGGAAAGCCGCUAGGGAAGGGAAAAUUCGGUCGAGUUUAUCUUGCACGUGAAAGAUCAUCGGGAUUCGUUUGCGCCUUGAAGGUCCUUCACAAAUCCGAGCUUCAACAAGGCAAGGUGGAGAAGCAAGUCCGACGAGAAAUCGAAAUUCAGUCCAACCUAAGACAUCCCAACAUUCUCAGGCUCUUUGGCCAUUUCCACGAUAGCAAGCGAGUGUUCUUGAUUCUCGAAUUCGCCGGCAAGGGUGAGCUGUAUAAGCAUCUCCGCAAGGAAGGUCGUUUCCCCGAAUGGAAAGCCGCGCAAUAUAUUGCCCAGAUGGCCGCGGCUCUCAAGUAUUUGCACAAAAAACACGUCAUGCACAGAGACAUCAAGCCCGAAAACAUCCUGGUCGGCAUACACGGGGAAAUCAAGAUUUCUGACUUUGGAUGGUCAGUUCACGCCCCGAACAACAGAAGACAAACAAUGUGCGGCACAUUAGAUUACCUCCCACCCGAAAUGCUUAAACCAGGAAGCUCGGACAAUUUCUACAAUGAAAAAGUCGAUCUGUGGAGUUUGGGUGUCCUGACUUACGAGUUUCUGGUUGGUGAAGCGCCCUUUGAGGACACCACGAUCAUGACACAGCGAAGGAUUGCACGAUGCGACAUGGCAGUUCCCAGUUUCGUCAGUCCAGAGGCAAAGGAUCUAAUCAUGCGACUUCUGGUCCUUGACCCCGAGAAGCGGAUUCCACUUGAGGAUGUUCUCCGCCAUCCCUGGGUUGUGAAGCACUGUGCCACAAAAGGUGGCGAACGGGGCUUCCAGAGAGCGUCCGGAACUAGCAAGGACAGAGACUCGAGCUCAGAUUCAUGA